AUGGGAGAGCAACAGCCCCAACCCCCCACAAUGGGCCCCCCUUCCCAGCCUCGAUCCAACAUGCCGAUGCUCUACUACGGCCUCGUGGUCGUGGGGACAGCUGCCGUUGUCCUCGCACUUUACAACCUCAUCAUCGUGCGGUGGUGCGCACAGGUGGCCAAUCCCCGGCACAGACCCCGACGCCCAUCGAACUCGUACGUGCUGAGCUCCGUGUCGAGCUUCAAGUACAAAAGGGAAGGAAGUUCAGGGGAGGGCCCCGAGUGCGUGGUGUGCCUGUCGGCUUUCGAGGAANUGGGGAGUAUGCGUAAAAGGCAAUGGAGUUUUGCGGGUCAACGUUUCAAAGAUAGGUGGGUGAAAAGAAUGAAUGUUUGCUAA